CAAUGCUGGAGCAGAAGAUGCAGAUAGCAGAGAAAUACGAUUGGCAGAUGUUGACCUCUGACAGUUUCCGCCAUGCCUGUAACUGGCUGCUUCAGACAUGUGACCCCACAUGUGUGUUGGUGGAGAGGUCGUCAUCAACUGCUCUAGGCAUUAGGUUGAUUAAGGCAGCGUCCGGAUUUAGUGUCCAGUACUCUGGCCAGUGGUCAUCCGAAUUGUCCGCCAAACGUCAGUGUUAUGUUCACACAGUUGUCCAGCUCCUGUGUCAGUGUACGUUUUCAGCCAGCAUCAACCUGGGGACUCUGGCCACCGCUAUACUUAACCUGAUGACAGAAGUGGAAACUGUCGGAGCCUCAGUGGUGGACUUGAGAAUGCAGCAAGACGAAACUUUAGAUUUGGUCAAAGAAAUCUUUGGUUUACUGAACAACUGUAACCCUGAGAACAAUUCCCUGGAUGUUGUCAUGACGACGGUUGUCGAGUGGCUGCAGUCAUCACCACAAAGUAUCCUACUGUUGCCAUGUGUCAAGGCUGCAUCUCGUUGUCUUGCCUCCCACACACAGAUUGUCCGCAUUGUGGAGGAAUGUAUUUAUGUGUACUUCAAGGGAGGUAUGGACCAGACAGCUGGUGGUGGCUGGGACCAAGUAUUGGCUGCCAUACAGAUACCGGACCUGAACACUGAAGAGUUCCUGGAGACUGCCCUACACGAGGGGUCAUAUCUGUUGUUAUACGGCUACUGUGUCCUUCAACAAGCCCUCUGUGUAGAUGUUAAAGAAUUUUCUUACCUUGUAAACGUUUUACUGAACUGGAUAAACACAGCCAAACCGACUGCUGACAAUGAGUCGAAGAUGAUGCUGUUGUGCUUCAAGUUCCUAGAACUUGUGAUUCAGCAGCUUGACUUUGGAACCAAACAUGCAAACUGCAUCAAGAGCCUUAAUACGUUUGUGACAUCCCUACACCAGCUAGGCGAGGACAGAGCCUCAACAGGGAUCCUUGGAGCUAUUGGGUUUGGCAAACGAUCCACACUCUCCAUAAAAUUCCGUGUUGUUGCCCGCAGCCUGUCUGCUAUGGUUUCCUCCCAGAUUUACGGAGAGACUGUACUACGCAUGCAACCAAACGAACCACUGGCCAACACCACACAGGCCAAGACUGAGAUUGGAGCUCUUCAGGCCCUGAAGUCCAAUAAACAGUACCAACAACACCGCAGUGAGAUCCAAUCCGCAUGUGAUAUUGUGAAGAAUGAACUUUGCUGUCUGCGGGAUGUGUUCAUACUCCUGCGUAAUUUGUGUGUGGCAUUCUACCCCGACAAGGAAUAUCUCUCUGUGGUUCACCAGUACAAAUAGCUCCAGGUCAUGUGAUCUGAUUCACCAGUACUAAUACUUGGGUGGCUCAAGGUCAUGUGAUCUGAUUCACCAGUACUAAUACCCGGGUGACUCUCGGUCAUGUGAUCUGAUUCACCAGUACUAUAAUACCUGGGUGGCUCCAGGUCACGUGACCUGAUUUACCAGUACUAAUACCCGGGUCACUCUCGGUCAUGUGAUCUGAUUUACCAGUACUAAUACCCGGUGACUUCAGGUCAUGUGAUCUGAUUCACCAGUACUAAUACCCGGGUGACUCAAGGUCAUGUGAUCUGAUUUACCAGUACUAAUACCCGGUGACUUCAGGUCAUGUGAUCUGAUGUGUCACCAGUAGAUUAUUUUUGAAUAUGUGUUAAAGUGUGGCAGGAGAAUGUAUAAUAUUGUUAUUUGACCGACACUUGAUAUCAUUUGUGUACCUUUUCAAUGUGAUGCUAUAAUUCGAUAACCAUGAAUAACCACUCCAUGAAAAUUCUCAUCUUGUGAUACAUUGAUGUAAAUAUCUCAUCUUGUGAUACAUUGAAUGUAAAUAUCUCAUCUUGUGAUACAUUGAAUGUAAAUAUCUCAUCUUGUGAUACAUUGAAUGUAAAUAUCUCAUCUUGUGAUACAUUGAUGUAAAUAUAUCAUCUUGUGAUUCAUUGAUGUAAAUAUCUCAUCUUGUGAUACAUUGAUGUAAAUAUAUCAUCUUGUGAUUCAUUGAUGUAAAUAUAUCAUCUUGUGAUAAAUUGAUGUAAAUAUCUCAUCUUGUGAUACAUUGAUGUAAAUAUCUCAUCUUGUGAUACGUAGUCACUUUAAUAUGAUAAUUAUGAUACAGACCAUUAAUUGUAAUUUCUUCAUUGUGUCAUUGAAAUGAUUAAAUAUCAGACAAAGCUCAUUUCUAAGUUCUACUGUUUAGCUGUCCAGCACUUAUAAAGCGGUAACCGACUCUGUGGUUACAUAUCCAGUAUUAUAAUAAGCAGUAACAUUCUGGGUAUUAUCUCCUGGUGUUGGGUCAGGAUUAAAGCUCCGGACCAUCACAGGAGAUGUAGUACUCCGGACCAUCACAAGAGAUGUAGCACUCCCAACAGUGCCAAGUCUCAUUAGAUCAACAUAAAGAAGCAUUUCUCCGGUGAUAUGAUAAGUAAGAGUUUCAUGUAGUUACAUUUUUCAUGUCUACAUUUUUCAUGUAGAGUUACAUUUUACUGUUUAAUUUUGUUUACAAUUAUACUUCCAUGUAAAGUCUGUCAAUGUUGUGCAAUUACAUGACCCUGUUACUGAUCAAUGACUUAGAUAUCCCUAUAUUUGACUGAGAUAUCCCUAUAUAUGACUGAGAUAUCCCUAUGUAUGACUAUGACUGAGAUAUCCCUCUAUAUGACUGAGAUAUCCUUCUUUAUGACUGAGAUAUCCAUAUAUAUGACUGAGAUAUCCAUAUAUAUGACUGAGAUAUCCUAUAUAUGACUGAGAUAUCCCUAUAUAUGACUUAGAUAUCCCCAUAUAUGACUGAGAUAUCCCUAUAUUUGACUGAAAUAUCCCUAUAUAUGACUGAGAUAUCCAUAUAUAUGACUGAUAUAUCCCGAUAUAUGACUGAUAUAUCCCUAUA